AUGGACUGGUGGGAUUAUUGUUUCAAGGAGCUUGAGAUAACUGAUGUGGAAAAUAUUCUCACCAUUUGUUGGGCUAAUUGGAGUGCACGAAAUGCUUGGGUGAUUGAAGGAGAACAUCCAGACCUUGUGACUACUAUUAACUAUGCGAUGAAGAUUUGCGGGGAAGUGAGGGAGGGAGGAGGUGGGAGUGGGCAGAUUCAGGGGCAGCAAGUUGUGAGCCACCCCGUGAGCUGGACUAGGCCUGAAUUGGGAUGUAUUAAGCUGAAUGUUGAUGCAGGUUUGUUGGGGGAUGUGGGUUCUGGUUUUGGGGCUGUUGCGAGAGACUGUGAAGGCAAUGUGCUUGGGUGUGCAGCGUACCAGUGCAAGGAGACUUGGGAAGCAAAAAUUGCAGAAGCUAAGGUAAUUGUUUUGGGUAUGAACUGGGCGAUUGAGAUGGGUUUCAAGAAUGUGGUGGUGGAAAGUGACUGUUUGCAGCUGAUUCAAGCUUUGCGUAAGGGCUCGAAGGGACAGAGUAAUUUCCAUUUAAUUUUAGAUGAUGUUUUGAGUUUAUGUUCUAGUUUUGAUUUUAUUUCUUGGUCUUUUGUUAAGUGUAGUGGUAAUAAAGUAGCGCAUACUUUAGCUCACUACCAACCUUGGGAGUUGGGGCGAAGAGUGUGGGUUAACGAUGUUCCGAGUUGUAUUUCUCCUUUUGUUUCUAAUGAUUUAUUAAUAUAA